UAGAAGGGGCCAUCGGAGGGUCUAGUCCUGACUCUCUACAUCAUUUUCACAUUUUCACAGCUUUGGGAAACUUCUUCACAUGGCGGAGGCGCACGUGAACGUGUAAACAGAGAGGGGGAGAGGGUGAAAGAGAGUGAGAGAGCGUUAGUGAGUGAAUGUGAAUGCUUUCUCACUCCCUGGUCUCAGUCUGUUCUGUGUGUAUGGGAGACAGGGUCGUGAUGCUGUGGCUAGAGGACUGAAGCAGAGCACUCUACUACUAACGGGGUUUCCCUCCUCCCUUUCUGUCUCUAUCUCUAGAUUUUGACUGACACACUUGGCAAGAAUGAGCUCGCGCUCGCCAGUCAAGGCGGACAGCAUCCCCACGCAAGACCCGUCUCUCGCGCCUUGGAACAUCAGCUCUGUAAGCGCGCAUCGCCUGAUGGAGCUUCCGCCCGCGUUCACCUCAGUUGCCAUGACGGUGCGAUGGCCCUUCCCAACGGUGGAUGUCCCAGACCACCACCACUACACCCUCGGGUCCGUCAUCCUCGCCGUGGGCAUCACGGGCAUGGUGGGAAACUUCCUCGUCAUGUAUGCCUUCUGCAGGAGUCGGAGUUUACGUACUCCAGCCAACAUGUUCAUUAUUAACCUGGCGUUGACAGACUUCCUCAUGUGUGUGACUCAGACCCCCAUCUUCUUCAUCAACAGCAUGCACAACAGGUGGAUCUUUGGAGAGAAAGCAUGUGAGCUGUAUGCGUUCUGUGGAGCGUUGUUUGGGAUGACCAGUAUGAUCACACUGCUGGUGAUCGCCGUGGACCGCUACUUCGUCAUCACACGGCCGCUGGCGUCCAUGGGUGUGAUGUCCCGACGUCGGGCCCUCUACGUCAUGGCUGCUGCCUGGUUCUACUCGAUGUUCUGGUCCCUACCUCCCUUCUUUGGCUGGAGUGCGUACGUCCCAGAGGGGUUGAUGACGUCGUGUUCGUGGGACUACAUGACAUUCACGCCGUCCGUCCGCUCUUACACCAUGCUGCUCUUCAUCUUCGUCUUCUUCAUCCCCCUCUUCAUCAUCAUCUACUGCUACAUCUGCAUCUUCAUCGCUGUACGCAGCGCCACGAGGGCCGUGUGUAAGAUAAACGAGGGCACCAGGGACUCAGUGAAGAGCAUGCAUAAGAUGAGGACUGAGUGGAAGACAGCCAAGAUCGCUCUCAUCGUCAUCCUGCUCUACGUCAUCUCCUGGGCUCCGUACUCCUGUGUCGCGCUCACCGCCUUCGCAGGGUAUGCUGACAUGCUAACUCCGUAUAUGAACUCUGUUCCUGCUGCCAUUGCUAAAGCCUCUGCCAUCCACAACCCUAUAAUAUACGCUAUAACACACCCCAAAUACAGGCUAGCUAUCAGUAGGUACAUUCCAUUUAUGGGUGUGUUGCUGUGUGUUCCUACCAGAGAUCGUUAUAGCAACAGCAGCUUCAUGUCCUCCACCCGUCGCUCAACCCUCACCAGUACAACAUCUGACCCCGGUAAGACUGGCAAGCCCCGCCAGUCCUCCCUGUCCGACAGCGAAUCAGCAUUUACGGACACGGAGGGGCAACACUCCUCUCGUCCGGCCAGUCGUCAGGUGUCCAGUGAUGUCACCCAGCUCCAGCCCACCUUUUCCCAGAGGUCAAAAGGUCAUUGCUCCCUGAAGGUGAAAGGUCGUGACUCAGGAGCGUUUGAGAAAGCAGCUUCUCAGUCCCCCUCUGACCCUGCUGUCUGCCGCCUGCAACACGUCACUACGCUGACAGAGCCAGAGGACAUCUCCAUGUCUGAGAUCGUUGGUUUGACCAGUAUCCUUCCUGCUACUCUGGAUGAUGUCAGAGAGGAGAAGUCGUCUCAAGGUGUUAGUGAGCGUGGAUCUUCCACAUGCCUAACCGACCUGAUCCCUGCCAUCGUACUCACGUCUACGUCUAGCCCCUCCUCCAUCUCCCUGCUUCAAAGACAAGGUUCCCGAGGCAACCCAGCCAAUAACAGCAGUAAAGAGGCGGGGCUUGCUGUAAGAGAACCCGUGGAUGUUGUGCAGUUGGACAAUGUGUGACACAGCUGUGUGUGGGUUGCUUCUUUCCUCCUCUACGGGGUUCUACGCUACCACCUUGCUAUCUACUGUAACUCAUGCGCUGUGUGUGUGUGUGUGUGUGUGUGUGUGUGUGUGUGUGUGUGUGUGUGUGUGUGUGUGUGUGUGUGUGUGUGUGUGUGUGUGUGUGUGUGUGUGUGUGUGUGUGUGUGUAUUAGUGUUUCGUAUUUCUGAAUUUAGAGAAGUUUUCCAUUGAACUGAAGAAAACACCGAAUGUGAAACAGUUUGUUGGUGACUUUCCUUUUUAUUUCUUUAAACAAUGAGGAUUGUGAAAAUGUGGUCCCCUCCAUCCCCUCUUUCUCCCUUUCCCUCUCUCCUCCCCUUCUUUCUCCCUUUCCCUCUCUCCUCCUCCUCUUUCUCCCUUUCCCUCUCUCCUCCCCCGCUUUCUCCCUUUCCCUCUCUCCUCCCCCUCUUUCUCCCUUUCCCUCUCUCAGUUGUGUUAAUUGUCCUUUCAGCACCUUACAUGGCCCUGCCCCAGUUUGCUGUUUGUACGUGUGCCAGUGUGUGUGUGUCUGCACGCAGCAGACCCAUUCUGCAACACAGGACAAUCCACAACUAUUGAGCAACACUUGUUUUCCGAACGUCAAUUCUUCCGUGAUCACUGUUUUGCUGUCUGAUCAUCACGCGGCUUAAAUGACACCGUAUUCCCUAGAUAGUGCACUACGUUCAACCAGAGCCCCAUGUAGGGAAUAGGGACCCAUUUGGAACGCAGGGAGUGUAUGUCAUUGCUGAGUGUCGACUCUAUGAUUGUAGCGAUCCUUCUGGUAUACUAACAGAAUUUAUUGUAGUUCUGAAUAUUGAUGAACUGAUUGAUUUGUAAUGUAUUGAUGAACUGAUUGAUUUGUAAUGUAUUGAUGAACUGAUUGACUGUUUAGCUGUUACAUUAUGGAAAUAUGAAUCAAAAUAUAUAUGUAUAUGUAUUCUAAAUGAUGUGAUGGUUUAUUGUAGAUUUGUGAUGUAUGAAGUCGUCUAUUUCUGUUGUUUUUAUUUAUUUUUACAACUAAAUGUGUUACUGACAGCUGUGUGUUGCAGCGGUCUAUUUUCCAUCAGCUGUGUGUUGCUGCGGUCUAUUUUCCAUCAGCUGUGUGUUGCUGCGGUCUAUUUUCCAUCAGCUGUGUGUUGCUGCGGUCUAUUUUCCAUUAGCGGUGUGUGGGGGUGUUAUGAGGAGUUGAAAAGGAACACAUCUUACCAUCGCCACGGUGACCCCAUCUGCUGGUACAUGUCAGUCCACACUACAAUAUGAGGGUUCUUUAGGAAGGCUGAUGGUUCUGUGCGGUACCAUACUGGCCCAAAGAUCCCUUGGAGCCCUUCAAUGGCUCUUUGCAGUUCCCAAUUAUUCUUUUUUUCUCUUAGUAAUAAUUCAAAUGUGAGGACGGCAGCUCAUUGGAAUAGUUUGGUGUGUGUGGUUUGGUGUGUGUGGUUUGGUGUGUGUGGUUUGCACACAGCUCUUUUGGUGCAUCCGUGGGUGAGUAAGAGUGUCAUUCCAGUUUAUCUAAUGUGUUGUGUUUCGUUAUUACGUGUUAUAUAUAUAUAUAUAUAUAUAUAUAUAUAUAUAUAGUGAUGGUGUCUUGUGAAAGACUCAUGUAUGGCUUUGUGUCAACUGAGAACGGUUGACUGUCAGUAGUUGUCAGUUCUCUCCUCAGGGACCCCCAGCUGUUUCAGAGCUAGCACACCUGAUUCAACUUCUUAAUCAACACAAUAAUAAAAUCUAUGGACUUUUAACAAUAUAAUAAGUCAAUUAUACCAGAAUAAAUCAAAACCUGUAUGGUUCUACAAAGAACCUUGGAAAUUGAGAAGGGUUCUUUAUAGAACCAUUCUCCAUAGAGGUUCUGUAGUGCCCUCCAAAAGCAUUGUAACCAUAGCAGAACCCUUUUUUGGUGCUAUAUAGAACUUUUUAUUAAUGGUUCUUUAUAGAACCUUAGGAAAGGAUUCUUUAUAGCAUCAUGCAAGUUCCAUUUAGAACCUUAUGUGCAUGGUUCUUUGUAGAACCUUCAAAAAACGUUCUAUAAUGGAUGUGAGUGUGUGUACGCUGUAUGAGAAUCAGCCUGUGUCCCUCCUCUCCGUGUUAACCUGAAUACAUUUUAACACAAAUUAUAAUCUCCCCCCUCUCACUCUCAUUCUUACUCUCUCUCUUUCUCUCUCUGUCCAUCCAUCCAUCCAUCUCUCUCUCUCUCUCUGUGUGUGUGUGUGUGUGUGUGUGUGUGUGUGUGUGUGUGUAGUGUAUGAGUAUUCACCUUAACAACUGAAGACCUCCUACUCCUAUACUUAGACAUAUAUUGAGAUUCAAAAAUAAA